AUGGAUACAGAUUCCGAGGACAAUGUCCUGGGCAAGACAGACUCUGAAACAUCGUUAAUGCUGCAUUCGUCUCCUUGCCCGUCAAGGUUCUCUACUCGGUCGUCCUUGUCGGGUUCAACGCUCCAGACCCCGCCAAGAAAGACGCUCAAACUGGAUGAGAAUCCCACCCCCGGCGAAAUAGCUACGUUCCCGUUUGAGCUCUUUAACGACGAGCUUCGAGCGGCCACGCCUCCGAGGACUCAUGGCACCAAGGUUGCCUGGUGGUGGGUGAAGGGGUUUCGCAUGAGGCUCAAGAGCAACAGCAAGAAGCUUCGCUGGGUGUGCCGCCUGUGCGUGAAGAAGAAGUGCCGGACCGUCUCGCACUUCUCGUACGAAUCGAACGGCAGUGCCAAUAUUAUCAAACACCUACGAGACCCAGGGAGACAAGGCACGACACCGCCCAGCCGAACGAAGACAUUAGCAGAUCAUUUUGGGGUAACUGCAGCCCCGGCGGACCAGCGUAUCUUCUCUACUAUCUUUGGGAGGCUUAAACUUGGCGCAUUCGAAGAGCUACUUGUCGACUGGGUAACACACGACAAUCUCCCCUUCCGAAUAAUCGAGAGCGAGCGUCUCCGCCGCCUCAUUGAGUUUGUCAACCUGAUGUACAAGGACAAGAUACCGUCUGCCGCUAUCCUUCGGUCUCGUCUGCGAUCGAUCUAUGAAGGAGCGAAAGGGGCCGUAACAGAACAUUUGAAAACCGCACGCGGCAAGAUUCACAUCACCUUUGACGGCUGGACAUCUCGCAAUCAGCUCUCGUUGCUUGGUGUCAACUGCUUCUUCGUUGACCAACAAUGGCAGCAUCGCAGGCUGCUUCUUGCCCUUCCGCCUGUAUCCGGACGCCAUACUGGCGAUAACUUAGCUAACGAAGUUGCUGACGUUUUGGCAGAAUGGGACCUUGGAAGAGACCAGCUUGGAUACAUGGUCUUGGACAAUGCUAGCAACAAUGACACGGCCGUGACAGCCCUGGGCGCCGAGCUUGGGUUCGAUCCGGACGAGCGCCGCCUCCGCUGCCUGGGUCACGUAACUAAUCUCGCUGUCAAACAACUGAUGUUUGGCGAGGCAGAGGACGCAAUGGAGCAUGCUGGCGACAGCGAACAUGACUCCGAAGACCAUGGCGACUCUCGACCAGUUGAUAAACUUAUACUGUGGCGGAGAAGGGGUCCAGUUGGCCGACUUCAUAAUCUCAACGCUGCUGUUUUGAAUUCGUCUCAGCAUAUAGAGUGCCUAUUAAAGUGGCAAGAAGAGGAGCUCAGCAGUGGCGUACUGGAGCUCGUCGACCCUGAGACUGGGAAGAAGCGCGUGCCAGUCAAACCCGUCGCUGACAACGACACACGCUGGAACUCUCGUCACCGCAUGAUGGCUCGUGCGCUGCUUUUGCGGAAAUACUUCAAUCGGAUUGCCGAAAAGGCGGAAAGGGCGUGGGAGAGGAGCAAGCGGAGAUCACCGAAGCCUACUAUACUUGACGACAAGCUGUCAGAAGAGGACUGGGACGUGAUUGAGGUUUUUAUUCAGGUCUUGCAAUCGUUUGAUGAAAUCUCCGUCCGUCUACAAGGCAAUCCGAAGACAAGCGAGGAUGGUCAUGCUAUCACUGGCUCCUUUUGGGAGUAUUUUCCCUCAUUUGAGUAUCUAUUGACGCAUUUGGAAGAGUUCAAGCAGAGCCAUGACCUCGUUGGUGGUUUGGGAGAGAACAGCGCUAACAUGGUUACAAGCCAUAUCAAUCUAGCGUGGACGAAGCUCAACGAGUAUUACAAUAAGCUCUGGCCCGUUGCCUAUGUUGGCGCUGUAGUACUGCACCCUUGUUAUGGAUGGCCGGCGAUUCGAUACCAUUGGGAGGGACAUAGAGCUGCGACGGGCUGGGAAAAAGACUAUUCGGCGAGGCUCAUGAAGCUGUGGAAAGACGAGUACGCCGAUUAUGAGAUUCCUGCCUCACCAGUGAUCUCGACGGCUUGCGGCCGAAGGGCGCAUUCGGGAUAUGACGCGUUCCUGGCACAGUCGCUGGGCAAAGGCAACAAGGCGGAUAGAGAUGGCAGGGCGGGAAAUGGUUCGGCACCGCUUGACGAGUACGAACGUUACAUACAGACUUUCACCCCCGCCGACGACAAAUAUCAAUUCAGCCCUCUUUCUUGGUGGCGGGAGCACCAAUUGGAAUAUCCGAACCUUUCUCGGAUGGCCACAGAUUUGCUGUCAAUACCUACGAUGUCAGCUGAGACGGAAAGAUCGUUUAGUAGCGCGGGAAAGAUGGUAUCGUCGAUACGAACUCGUCUCGAUCGGUAUACUAUCGGGAUGACUCAGAGUCUGCGGUCAUGGAGCAGGGAGGGUAUUGUCUUACCCUCGUGGUAG